AUGAUCCUCUCCAAUCAGAUUUGUAUCUUGAAAGUGGAGAUCACUUGUUGUGAUGAGUGUCCCAUUAAAUUGAAGAAGAAGUUGCUGAAGACCAAAGGAGUGACUUCAGUCAAUAUUGAUUCAAAAAAAGGGACCACCACGAUUAUAGGUGACAUAGUUCCUACAAUAUUAAUGCAAGUGUUUGAAAAGAUUGGCAAACCGGCGGAACUUUUAUUCUUUGAGAAGUCCCCCUCACAAGAGAAAAGUGGUUCUAAUGUCAAGAACAAUGUCCAAUUUGCAUGCGAUGAUAAUGAUGAUGAUGAUGAGUAUGUAUCCAAAAGGAGCAGUACUACUCGCACUAAAAUGCAUGGCAUCAAACAUGGUUGGGGUGGAUGUAACAGCAAAGUUGGUCGUGUCCCUCCCUCUAGUAGUUCGAGGUUUUUUAAGACACCAUGGCCUGCAUAUAGAUCAUUCUCAAGGCCAUUCCCUAAUUCAAUAUGGCAUGGUUUUCCCGGGCUUUCUCAACAACCACCACCUCUGCCAUCACCAUAUAGAUGUUUUCUAUCAAGGCCUCCACAAAGAUACAACCCCAUUACCCACUACACAAGCUAUUGGGACAAUUACCACCUUUAA